AUGGAAAAUCAUCUUGAUCAUAAGUUUAAUGAUACAGAACCUGAUUCAAAGUUAUUUUAUGAAAAGAUUCAACGAAAUUAUUCAGACUGUAAUCAACCAUGGAAUAUACUUGGUGAAGUUAUUAAACAAGUGAAACAAGAAUGUUUUGAACGUGUAAAAUGUUUGGAACAAGAGAAUUUAAUUCUUCAACAACGUUAUAAAGAACUUGAAGAAAGGGUUCUACCUCUAACAAAAUCAUUAAAUGGACAAGAAGAUCUUAAAGAAUAUUUAAAACUUUUAUAUUCUAAUCAAAUGAAUUCAACUACAGUAAACUUAACAUCAACUUCAUAUGUUAAUAUGAAGAAUUCUAAUACAAUGGAACUGCUAACUAAUCUUUUACUUUAUACAAAUAUAUCGCAAAAAGAUAUCCUAUUAAAUUAUCAUCAAUUACAUAAAAGAGUAGCUCAAUUGGAACGAAUUAAUUCUUUAUUAUGUUCAAUUAUAUGUGAUGGUGGAUUCAUUUCAAUCUUAGAUAAGAAACUAUUAAACUAUAAUAAUACUAAUCAUGAAACAAAUUCAACAUUCCAUUCCCGUUUAAAGAAUUUAUCAAGGAUGAAUUAUCAUUCAGUAGAAAACUUAUCUUUAUAUAAUACUACUAAUGAAACUACUGAUAAACAUAAUACAAUUUCAUACAACAAUAUUAAUACUACCACUACUACUACUGCUACUACUACUAUUACUACUACUGCUGCUACUAAUACCAAUACUACUAAUAAUAAUAAUAAUGACAUUAAAACUAAUGAUUAUGUACAGAAUACUAGGGAUAAUUAUCAGUUAUCUUUAUGGAAUAAAUGUACAGUUCAACACCGACCAACUAUCAACCGACCAACAGUUCAACAACCGUUUGAUUCUACAAAUAUGAAUAUUUCACAAUUCUAUAAAGAACAACAAUUGAAUUCAAUAAAAUUCACCUGGAUACAAUCAAAAUCUUUACCUAAUUUAAAAAUCAAUUCAAAAAUAACAAAAAAAACUUCUGUAUGGAAAAAUUCUUUUAAACUAAUCACUCAUUCAUUAUCUUUACUUCCUAUCACAAAUUAUUCCAUUCAACAUUUUAAUAAACAAACAAAUUUGAUAAAUAAUUUAAAAAUAUCACCUAGUUACCAUGUAGUAACACAAAUGAUCGAUCAUAAAAAUGAUCCAACUUCUAAUCAAAUUAAAUCUCAUAUCAAUAAAUUCAAUCAAUUAUUAUUAUUAUUAUCUAAAGGAUCGAUACAAUUACAUGAUCAAUAUCAUAAUCAUAAAUCAAAUCAUUCUAUGAGAUUAGAAACAAAAAGUUUACCAUUAUUAUCAUCAAUUGAUUAUUGGAAAAAUACAUUGAAAACUUCUUUAUCCAAUCAUAUUCAUUUUAUACAUUCAUAUUCAUUAUGUAAUUUACAUAGGAGUAAUAAUAGUCCAUUGAAUACUAUCAUGGAAGUCAAUUCUUAUCCAUCAAAUGAUCAUAAAUUACUAAUCAAUCAUAUUAGUUCAGAUCAUAAUAAUCAUAAAGAGGAUCAUAGUUUAAAAGCGAAUCAUUCUAUUGAAAAGAAAAUAAGUAGUUGUAUUCAACAACCUAAAGUUUAUAUAACAUCUAAUCAAAGUAUUGAAUAUUUAUCAAAUUCAAAACAAAUUUUAUGCAGGGAUCAAAAGUUACGUUAUCAUUAUCCAUUACGUUCUACAAUAUUUCAUUCAAAUACAAUGAAAUUAAUGAAUAUCAAAAAAUUCACUAAAAGUUAUGAUUUAGAAAGUCAUUUAACUUAUUAUGAUACAUUUCGUAAAUUUCAUAAUGCACGUAAAAAUUUACAAUUUGGUGUAUUUAGUGAUACAGAAUUAUUAACUAGUAAAUUUACAAUUACAUCUACGGAUGAUUCUGCUAUUGAUAGUUGUUGUGAUGAUGAUGAUGAUGAUGAUAAUGACGAUGAUGGUGAAUUACAUAGUUCUAUAGAUUCAUUAUAUAUUAAAAAUUAUUUCAUCAAAUCAAAUAGAAAAAGAAAUGAUGUAAUGACGAGUAAUAAUAAUAACAAUAAUAAUAAUAAUAGUUGCCAUGGCAACAGUAAUAAUCAAGAUACUAAUCAUAGUAACGGUAAUAGAUUGAAACGGAUAUCAACUAUAUCAAAUACAAAUGAUCAUAAUAAUGAGAAAUAUGAUAAUCAUUCUAAUGAACCAUUGAAUUCAAUCAAUAUUGAAAUGAAAAGAUCAAUAAUUGAAAAUACAAAUAAAAAUUACACUUCCAUUGUAUCUAAUGAGAAACAGAAAAGUAUUGAAUGUAAUAAUACAAUACAAACAUUGAAGAAUAUUAAUCCACUGGAAGUAAACAAUGUUUUAGAAUGUAGAAAACAUUCUUUGGAUCCAAAAUCCCUUAAAAAUUCUCCUGAAAUCUCAAGUGAUUCCCAAUGUAAUCUCAAAGUUGUUGCUCCACCACCAGUGGUAAUCUAUCGGAGAAGAUUUCAGAAGCUUCCAUCGAAAAGAAUAUCAAAGUUUACUGAUCGACAAAAAUCUGCUAAUUGUAAAAAUUUGGAAGAAAUAAAGUCCUCUGUAAAUAAGACUGAAAAUACAAUGAACACUGCUCUAACUGUUGAUAAUCAAUUACAGACAGAAAUGAAACAUUCAAAGAUAACUUUAUCUAGUGAGAAUAGUCAUAGUGAUAAUUCACAAAUGAUUAAAGUAACCUCUCAGUCCAAUAUAUCUACUUGUGAUUUAAUCUCACUGGAACAAAAUAAACUUUCUUUUCAAAAUGUUACAACCGUGAAACAAUCCCAAAUUGGCAAACUUGGAAAUAAUCGUUCCAUGAAAUCAUUACAGAGACCGAAACACUCAUCAAAUAAUAAAACAUCGUCAUCAUCAUCAUCAUUAAUAUCUAUUUCACAGAAUUCAAAAAUAAGACUACCUCAAUAUGACGGUACUACAACAAGUCUGCCAGUAUCACCGAUCAUAUCUUCUUGUUCUAAUGAAAUGAAACAUUUUGUAAAUGAUAAACCUAUUCCUAACUAUUCUCAUUGUAUAACAUCGUCUAUGAUAUUGAAACCAACAACAAAUCAUAUCAAUCAAUCUUGUAUUUCUAACACAUUGAAUUCCUCUGAAAUUCAUCGUCUAAGAACUAUAUCACAUAGUCCAAUGAAAUCUCUUUCCAAUACAACAUCAAACAAUCAAAAAAUUCCUCUUCCUACUACUACUCCUUCUUCUUCUUCUUCUCCUUCAAAUACCACAACUAUGAUAGAUUCAUCUUUGAAAAAGUUCAGUAAAAUUAUUAAUAAACCUAAAGUUCAUUCAGAGAAAUUAAAUAGACGUACAAUUUAUAAUAAUCAAAUGACAGAAUAUAAUAAACUUACUCCUUUAUUAUCUAUACCACCACCUAUACCACCACGUACUACAUCAAGAUCACAAUCAAAUCAAGGAAAAAUGAUAAUACUAAAGUCGAAAUGUCUUAGUGUUCAUAAUAGUCCUUAUAUGUCUAAUCUAAAUGAAGUGGAUAGUCUUAAAGAUACAAGUAGUUGUUAUCAUAAUUACUCUUUAAAACUUCAUUCAUCACCUAUAAAUCAUGGUAAAUUCAAUAUGAAUCAAUCACAAAGUGAUUCUUUGAAUGAACUAAACAACGUAAGUAAUAAUAAUAAUAGGAAAUUAUCAUCUUUAUCUUCACAAUGGAAACGUCCAAUUCAAUCUAAAAUAGCUACAGCUGUUGAAACACUUUAUAAACGUCCUAUAGAACAUUCAAGUAUUUCAACAACAUCAAUAUCAUCAUCAUCACCAUCAUCAUCUUCAGGGAUUAUUUUCACAACUCCUCAUGAUGAUCAUCAUUUAACUGAUUCAUCAAAAUAUAUUACUAAUAAAAAAUGUCAUAAACAGUAUAACAGUAAACAGAAUAUAAAGGAUAUGAAUAAUGAACAAAUAGAGCAUAAAUUAAUAUAUCCAACAAAUUAUUAUAAUCAUACAAUAGAUAAUACAGAUUUUCAUGCUCAAUUAAAUACAACUACUACAAUAACAACAUCAAUAACACCAAUAAAUGAGAAUAAAUUAAUUGAAACUUCAUAUCCACAUCAACAAUGUGCAUUACAUUUACAAAAAUAUUCUCAUUCUUAUCUUCCACAACAUCACCAUCAUCAUCAUCAUCACCACCACCAGCAGCAGCAGCACACCACCACCACCACCAGCAACAACAACAACAACCAUUAUAACCUAAAUGUUCCAAAUAAUCGAUCAGUUGGCUACUCGUACCAAAUUUGA